AUGACCGUCCUGUCCCUCCUCGCAGGCCCAUCUUCCUCUCGAGCACUCUCAUCAUGCGCUAAACCGUCCUUCCUCAUCAAACCCCUCACACCGAUCCGCUGCGUCUCUUCCUCCCCAUACGGCCGUACCCACGUCUGGAAACACCGCGACAAGAAACUCCCAAAACCCUUCGUUCCCCAAUUCCCACAAAUCGUCGUCAGAGCAGACGGCUCAACCUACACACACUACACGACUUCACCCCGCUCGGUCAUCCGAUUGACGAGAGACACUACGAAUAACCCUGUAUGGAACCCGUCUCAGUGGUUGGGAGAGAACGACGAGGAGGAUCAGGUCACUGGUCGUCUUGGGAGGUUCAAUAGGAAGUUUGAUGGUAUUGGUGGACAUGGAGAUGAUGUGGAUUGGAUGAGUGGGUUAGAGAGUGGUGCGGGUGCGGAAGAGUUGUUGAAGCAGGCUCAAGCUCUUCAGAAGAAGGCUGACUCGAAGGAGAAGAAGGAGAAACCAAAGGCGGGACGUGUGAGGUGA